AUGAUGUCCACGCCACCUCUCACAGACCUGAGAGUCGUGGAGCUUGCAGGCCUUGCUCCAGGCCCCUUCUGCGGUCAGCUUCUCUCUUCCUACGGAGCCUCGGUUCUGCGCGUUGAUCGUGCAGGUGUUUCCGAAAACCAGGACAUUCUGACAUCAUACAAGUCCUCUAUUGUCUUGGAUCUCAAGAACCGAAAUUCAAUCCACCUCCUCAAAGUCCUCCUCGAUAAGGCUGACAUUUUGAUUGACCCAUUUCGACCUGGGGUUCUCGAAAGACUUGGCUUAUGUCCUAAUUCUGUUCUUCUUGUCUCUAACCCCCGCCUAAUCGUGGUUCGAAUCACCGGCUUUCGUCGCGAUGGCCCGUAUAAGGACCUGGCUGGGCAUGACAUCAACUACCUGGCUGUCUCAGGGGUGUUGAGUAUGCUCGGAAACAGUGAGCUACCACCAGCGCCACCUGGAAAUCUACUCGCAGACUAUGCAGGGGGAGGACUGGUGGCCUUUGCGGGCGUUCUCAUGGCCCUGUAUCACCGAAGCUCUACGGGAAAAGGCCAGGUAGUAAAUGCGAGUAUGGUUGACGGCGCCUCAUAUAUUGGGGCCAUUCCACGUCUGAGGUCCAAAGAGCCUGCUUGGAACGGGGAAAGAGGAACUAACUUAUUGGAUGGAGGCUGCCCUUACUAUCAAUGUUACGAUUGUAAAGAUCAAGGAAAAUAUGUGUCGGUUGGCGCACUCGAACCUCAUUUCUUUGCAAAUCUUCUCCGAGGUCUGGGGCUGACAAGCGACGAGAUUCUCGGUCCUGGUGUGCGGCGUGAGGAUAAACGUUCAUGGCCACGCAUGCGAGAGUUAUUUGCCAACAAGUUCAAAGAGAAAACACGCAAGGAAUGGGAGCAGAUAUUCGAGACUGUGGAUGCGUGUGUCGCUCCUGUUCUGGAGCACAAGGAGAUGGAACAGGCAGGCUACGAACAGCGACCAAUAGUACAUCUGAGUGCUUCGCCAGCCAGGCCGGUGGACGCACAGUGGAAAGGCAAGCGUCUAAGUCCAGGUCACGGCGCGGAGGAGGUAUUGAAGACUUGGCUGGGUUGGGAUCAAGGAAGGAACUAUACGAUCGAUCAAGAAACACGCCUCUGCCGUGUACUGAAUUCCAAUCUUUGA